AUGGCGAUGUGGAACGACGUUGAACUUCUGACCAACGAAGAUACAAACACUGUCCGUUUCGGCGAUGUGUCAAAUGAAGAAAAUGGUAACGUCAGUGGCUUGUAUCAGGUGGAUACACUGGCCAAAAUCUCCGCCGCUAAUGAGGUGCAGACAGAUCCCCAUCUGUCCUCCUCCAGUGGUUCAAACUGGAGCAUUGUUGUUGUUGACAAGACGGUCAUCUUGUUUGACCAGAGCUAUCAGACCAUCCUGCUUCUUCUUCACUUUGAAACUGAUGUGGAUGCCUUCGAUGUAUGCCUGGAUGGACAGUUUUUGGUGGUCUGUGAAAGAAAUGGAAACUUCCAUCUGAUCUAUGUUGCAGAAAAGAGAAUCCUUCUCACCAGGGCUUUGGUAGAGAAACCAGCAAGUGAAGAUGAGAAAACAUAUCGAUAUCUCAUCAUAGAGGAGGACAAGACAUCCUCAGGGAUGUACCAUAUGUUCCUUCUCAUAAAGGAUGGCUUUUUCCACAUUACAAACCUUGCUUUGGCAAAGAUUGAGACAGCAAUUGAAAAAAUAGAUGUGGCAGCUUUGAAAGUCCUCCAGUCGCUCAUCAAGAUCGACUUCUGCUCCACCAAGGAUUACCAUGACGACGGUUGCAGCACAGCAGUCAUGUUCAAUCUGGGUCCUGAAAUCCAUUUAAUGAUUGGGGGCGAUGGAGAAAAUGUCAUAACUCACUGGAUGAUGGACCCUCAUCAGUCCAAGAUGUGCCUCACUCACUCAGUCAACAACAGUUUAAUACCAGGUGUGAAGAAAAUGGUGGUGGUGGAAAAUCUUUUGUAUAUUCUGGACACUGAGGAUGUCUUGAGUCUUUGGGACCUGCAUUUCCUCGUCAUGAUUCACUGUUGGCCAGAUCUUGCCUUUCAUGACUUUGAACUCACUACAGAAUGUGGCUCUGCCUCCAUGGUGGUCCAAGACAAGGGCAGCAUGAAGAUGAUUACACUGACAAAGCAAGACAGCAGUCAGAUCAAGUCACUUCAGAUACGAUGUCUGCCCUCCAUGAAUGUUUGCUACUCUCUGGAUGUCUCUUCAGUCUCCUGCCUUGUCCAGACAAAAAUGAAUAUGGAUACAAUUUAUUUAGUUGAGGGGAUUUGUGAGAACCCAGAGAGUCGUGGAGAGCCUGUAUCUUCUGUUGUUGUCAGAUGCUUCACAGAGGCUUUGCCUGAGAACAGACUUAGCAGACUUCUUCACAAACACAUGUUUGAAGAGGCUGAAAAGUUUGCCAUCACAUUUGAGCUGGAUUUAGAGCUUGUUUACAAGGUGAAGCUUGAGUUUGUGCUGGAGCAGCUGGCCUCUGCAUCAGUGGGUGGCUAUGGGCAGAAUGUGUUGUCUGAACUUGUGGAAGAGGCCAAGAUCAACCUGAUGAAGAUCGCGGAUGAGCAGUAUGUGGUGGAGUAUUGCCUCAAAGCUCCGUGGCCGACCUUUGAGACAGCUGAGAAGAUGCUCAGCCACGCUGCCACACGUUGCUCCUCCUUACAGAUCCAGGAGGCUUUAGCCAGGCUGGCAACGUUCUGCAGCCUUCACGGACUGGAAAAUUUCAAUGGCAUUGCCUGGAUUGAGUUUCUGAACAGCACGGACAAUUUAGGAGAUAUUCUGACCCACCUAAGAGACGGAGACUUGAAGGGAGCACAACUCCUUUGGCUCAGAUAUGAGGGUCAGAUUUCAGAGGAGUUUGAUGAUAGCAGGUUUGAAGCUGUGCUCAACGCCAUCCCAGAAGACCUGCCAUCUCAACAGCUCUGUCCUUGGUUUAGGACAGUUUUUGUUCCCUUUGUGAGGAGAGUGCUUCCAACGGGACAGAAAGUCCUGUCAAGAUGGCUUGAGCAGAGAGCAAGGAAUCUGGAGUUAACAGAAAAGAGUGCUUGGCCUCAGAACGGUUUGGACUUAGCAGUGCUUGGAUUGCCCUCUUUGUGGACAUGGAUGAAAUCUGAUGAUAACUAUGGCACAGAAGAGGUGGAGAGUCUAAAGUCCCUGGUGUCCAACCUCCAUCAGUUGCUGGACCUCCACAGGAAAUACAACUGCAAACUGUCACUUUCAGUCUGUGAGAAGGGAAGUGUACGCAGUGUAGCGUUCUUCAUGUUGGAUAAAGUGCCGGCUCCAGAGCUGAUUGCUGCCACAGUACAGAGCAGCAUCCUGCCGUAUGCUGAGGAGCACGAGAUUCCUUUUGAUGAGCUCCUUCUACAGUAUAUCAAGGAUCUGCUGGAGCGCUGUAGCUCUCAGACCACAACGCUUUUCACAGAAUGGGAAGCCAAAGCAGUGGCUGUGCUCGGCUGCAUGACCGAUAUUGACCUGAUGGUGGACGCUGUGCUGGAGAUCAUGCAGAAAGCUGUCGUGCCCUGGACUAAAGAGGUGGAAAACCUGGUUCAGCAGUACCUAGAGAUGGAUGGGCCAAAACAAGAGCUCAUAAAAGAGAGCUACCGUCUGAUGGAGAUCAGGAAGCUUCUCAGGGGCUACGGGAUCCGCAAUUUCAAUCUCUCUAACAGCACUCAAAUUCUGACACUGAUUAGAUACAUCCUGAAGCAAGACCUGCCAAUGUCCCUGGAGGACUCUCUGACACUGGCUGAAGCAUAUAAACUUCCAACCUCGCAGAUAAAUUACUUGUAUCUCAUCCAGCUCAUAGGCCAAGGAAAGACAGAGGCGUGCAUGACUGUCCUGAAGAAACUGUCCUCUGCAGAAGCGGAGUGUGUGAUCGAACGCCUCACAUCCUGGGCAAUGCUGCAGCUGGAGGACAAAAAUCACAUAUCUGAUGAGCACAAGAAACACCAGAUGGUCAUAGCUCAGGUGAUGGUGGAGGCGCUGAAAUACAUGCAUAUUAUCCAAAAACAUGAUGCUCUUAAAAGCAUGGAGUGUGAGAGCAACCUCAUCAUGUUCACAGCCAUUGCCCACCUUCAGGAGGACUUUGAUGUUUUCUUUACCCCCUCCAACUAUGAGGAUCCAAACAUUAGAAAACAGAUCCAGGAGCGUCACAUCACCGCCUAUGAGAACACACACGGCCGCCGUUCAUCAAAGAAGAAGGCUGCAGCCACUCCGGUUGUUGCUAAUGAUGCAGAUGGCAAAACAAAGACCAUCUCCACAGAAGCUGGCUUGCGUCGCUUAGGAAGACAGCUGCAGCGCACUGAACAGGAGCUCUGGUCUGACUUGGCCCUGCGAGCUGUAGGGGUGGGCAAAGUGGACAAGGCCCUCAAGAUCCUCAGUGAGCUGUAUGAACACCACUGUAACACCAGCACAGGGAAAGUUUUGUUCACUGCUGCCAAGACGUUGUGCCAGAUGCUGGAGGCAGAUGUGCCCAUGGUGCUUCCUGAGGACAUGGACUUGCCAGCAGUCAUCCACAAUCUUGCAAGCCAGGCAAUCACUGUGUGUCACUCAGAUCUGCUGCUGGACUGUGUGGAGCUUUGCAAGUGCACACGGAUAGCUAUGGAUGUGUAUCAUCAGUGUCAGUUAUCAGAUAACUAUGGCUUUACAGCCAAGGAUUUGACCUUGGAUGCAGAAAAAGAUCCAUAUUCUCAGUGGAGCUUUCAGGAUGUUUUUAAUGAAGAUUGCAUAGUUCUGGACCCAGUGUCUGUGCUCCCAGUCCAGUACGAAAUUACCAACUGCCUGUUGCCCAUUUCUAGAGAUACCAAACUGUACCCACUGGACUGUUCCUGCCUUUCACACUGCUCAUUUGAAGACGGUUCAAACUACCUUCGGCCCCUGCUGGGUCCACUGGCCAACAUGUUACAGAUGUUACAGGAGUGCAGUCAGCUGGAGCUGGCCCUCAGAGUGCUGGUCAACUCAUACGGCAGCUGCCUGCAGCAUAUCACCUCUAAUGUGAUGGACAUAAAGCUCAGUGUACAGCUUUACGAUCCGCAAGAGCUUAAGAAGUACAAUAUAUGUUUAAAUGAUCUCCGAAAGACAACUAUUUCAUGUCUGAAUGCUGUCGCUGUGGCUCUUUUGAACAAGGUGUUCAACUGGAGGGUGGUUGAUUGUGAUUUGGCUAUUGGACUCUGUACACUCCUCUCCAAAGCAGAAGUCUUCAAAAUACUGUGGAAGGUUAUUGACAACACCUGGCAAAACUAUGACAAAAUUUUGGCUGUGGCCAGGAUUGGAGCCAAUCUCUGCGGCUUGUACAAUGAGGCAGAAGAACAACAGAAGUUUCUCUCUGUCAUCACAGAUGCUGAAUGGGGCAUCAAGCUCAGCAAAUUAGAGAUAUCCAUCCAGCCAGUGUUCCGCCAGCAGCCUGAGAUGAAGAGCAGUCUGAUCCCUGUUCUGGUGAAGAACAGGAGGAUCACACCAGACAUUAUCCUCGAGUACUGCAGCACGUUUGGUCUAGAUCGUGAUGGCGUGAUUAACCAGUACAUUACCACCUUACUGCUGCUCCAAGACGACGAGGAAGAUGCAGGUGACCUGGGAACAGGCCAGGAGGAGGUGCAGCCUCUGUGUCACACAGAUGCACUAGAGCGAGUCCUGCAGAUCAUCCCCAUGUUAUAUAGCACAAGAGAGCUCACCAGCAGUCUCUGUGCUGCCAUGUUCAAGCUCAGCCCUUACAACUAUGAGAGGAUCGAAGUUGUGCUGAAGAUCAUACAGGCUGCAGAUGAGAAUGUGACCACCUUCUCUGUUAGUCAGGCAAUGGGCCUCCUUCAGCACCUGAAGUCCUACAAGAGAGUCUCUCCUCCCUCAGAUGUGGAGAACACCUAUCUUCUGGAAAACAGCCUGCUGCCAAACAUGCUGUCCAACAGCAGGCUGCCCUUUCACCUGCUUAUGCAGACUCAGCAUUACUGGAAGAUUAUCUGUCCAGAGCUCAGUGAGGAGACCUUCCCUACACUUCUUCUGAUUAGCAAACUGAUGAAGGUGAGCCUUGACAAGUUAUACAUGUCAGCAGCGAACCAUGUGUUUGAGAGGAAGAUGAAGCCUCUAAUCCUGGAGCAAAAGAAAAAGGGUCAGGGUCACGGCUACAAUAAGGAGACUUUCAAGGUGGCCAAGACCAUGAUGAAGUACAUUCAGUGUAUCCAGAGCCCAGAGUGGGCGGCUGCCACAGCCCACAAGAUCACCCAGGAGAUUCCACCAGGCUAUGAGAAGACACAGUCACUUAGGUUCUGUUUGGCUCUUGGAAAUGCUUGGCUGAAGGAUCCGAACCUUGACGAGGAAGCACGAGCCAGAGGUGAGACCUUCCUUUCCAAGCUGAAGCUGCAGUUCCAGCGCUCAGCUACUGAAAAUACCUUGAUAGCCAAUCAGCUGAACAGCCCAGAGCAUCUGAAACUGACUGGGUUGCCGGCCAGACUCUUGGUGGCGCUGUAUGAGCACAGCAGUGUGGAACAGCGAUACAAGGACUCAGGAGGUCAAACCUAUCCUGACAUACACACUGUGAUCAAGGAAAUAGCCGCCAUCAACAAUGUGGAUCUUCUGAAAAUCCGAAACAUGAUGUUGGAAAAAUGGAUCUGCAAAACAGGUCCUGCUGUGACCAAGGAUAUAGGUAAUCAGGAGUGUGUCAGCAACAUUGAGGAGGACCCAGACUUGAUGAGGGUGGUGUACAUGCUGCAGUGUUACCCCACGGAUGAUGCUUUCCGCUUUUUACACCCUAUCCUAUCUGCUGAAACUUGGCCUCUAAGCAGUUCUGGGCCUCGUCUGACCUUCUGUCAUCGGACUCGAGCGCUGCUUUGUCUCGUCCGCCUCGCAGAUGCAGACACUCUGGAGUCCCAAUUACAAAUCCCCAGGACCAAAAUUCAUUAUUACCUGAAGUGCUACAUCUUUGUCUCUCAGCUGGAGGCUUUAAACAUCCCCUACACAUUGCAGUCUUUCCUCAGUAGUCCUAAAGAGGGUUUGGUGAAAGGCUUGUGGAAGAAUCACAGUCAUGAGCCACAGGCUGUGCGGUUGGUGGCAGACCUGUGUUUGGAGUACCAGGUCUACGACUCUCAGCUGUGGAACAGUCUGCUUCAGAAACUGCUGGGCUUCAACCUGAUCAGUCACCUCCAGAAGGUGUUAGAGGCAGUAGUGGCUGUGCCUGCUCUGUGGGAGAUUGCUAGUUUCUCCAGGACCUGGAGGAGUAUGAUACUGGCACCUUUUGUCUCAGCAUCUCUGCCUUUGAGUCCUGAUCAACAAGCAACACUCUACAAGACCUUCGUUCUGCUCCUGAAGUGCCCUUUCCUGUUGAAUCUGGACCUGAUAGGAAUUGCCAAUCGCUUCGCACAGUUCAACCUGCCCGCCUUUGCCCUGGGAACCCUCCUUCUCAUUCCUUGUGUCAAUAAAAAGGCUCAGCAGAUCCAGGGCUUUCUGUCUGUCUGUAACCCAGUCGCUGUCCUGGAGCAGGUGGACGAGCUUAUGAACACUGGGGAACUGGCUGGUAUCCCCUCACAGAUCAAGGAGACUGUAUUAACUUUCAUCAGCCAAAAUGGACAAUACCAGAAAAUGUUGAAGACAAAACACUUCGAGCAUCUGAAGCAGCUCAUGGUGUUGAAUGGCCAACCUAACCAGAUCAAAGACUUGGUGGAUUACUUGAUCAGCCAGAACUGUCAGGAUGAUGCUAACUCGCUCGCUCAAGAGUACCUGAAACACAGAGAGCAUCGAGGAGGUAAAACACUGACAAACGGCUCACCUUCACCGAGCUGCCUGAAGGAAUUUCUCAACAUGCAAAAUGGAGUUUCCAGAUGAACUUACACUCUUCCUGCAGCUUUAUUUCUGUAAUCUCACUUGGUUGUUUU